CGACCCACCAAAUCCGUAAACAAUCAUGCUCCGCUCAUCAAACCCACGCGCCACCGCGGAGAAGAAUAAACGACUAGGAUUAUCCCUAUUUGGGUAAGUGUAGGAAGAGAGCAGGGUGUUCCUUAACGCAGGAGAUGAGUGCUCCUCCCCCACUGAGCUGAGAGACAAAGUCGCCAGUGUUGACCACAAUUAUACGAGCCUACGAAAACUGAAUGACUUCUUUUACAUUUCAACAACGCCAACACCCCCUCCCUUUUUUCCUUAUUUAGUUUUUCGAUUCUCUGUCUCUCUCUCUCACCAAACACUCUCUCUCUCUCUGGAGCAGCAACAGUAACACCUUAAGCAUCAUCCAGUUUAGUUUCCCGGGUUCCGUUCUUCAACUUCCACUUCUGCAACCAGCAGAGGCUUUCUUGUUGUUGCAGAUUUGGUAACUUAGGGUAUUAUUAUUAGAAGCGAGUGAGUGUGAAAUGCAGAGGGCAGCUGGGGACGCAAAAAGCAUGGGGAAGAGGUCUCUUGAGGGUGGAGAAGAUGACCAGCCUGAACGAAAGAGGCCUGCGCUUGCCAGUGUUAUUGUGGAAGCUCUCAAGGUGGACAGUUUGCAGAAACUUUGCUCAUCAUUAGAACCUAUUCUUCGUAGAGUUGUGAGUGAAGAAGUGGAGCGUGCUCUUGUGAAGUUGGGUCCUGCAAGAAUUAGUGGUGGAAGGUCUUCUCCAAAAAUGAUUGAAGGUCCGGAUGGCAGAAACCUGCAGCUGCAUUUUAGGUCCCGGCUGUCUCUUCCCCUAUUCACUGGAGGAAAAGUGGAAGGCGAGCAGGGGGCUCCAAUCCAUGUUGUUCUUAUUGAUGCCAAUACUGGAAGUGUUGUGACAUCUGGUCCAGAAGCCUGUAUGAAACUUGAUGUUGUUGUCCUUGAGGGUGAUUUUAAUAAUGAGGAUGAUGAAGGUUGGACUCAAGAGGAAUUUGAAAGCCAUGUGGUGAAGGAACGUGAAGGAAAGAGACCCCUGUUGACUGGGGAGCUGCAAGUGACACUCAAAGAAGGAGUUGGGACAUUGGGGGAACUGACGUUCACAGAUAAUUCAAGCUGGAUAAGGAGCCGGAAAUUCAGGCUUGGGUUGAAGGUUGCGCAAGGUUUUUCCGAGUCUCUGCGCAUCCGUGAAGCUAAAACAGAGGCUUUUACAGUCAAAGAUCAUAGAGGAGAAUUAUAUAAGAAGCAUUAUCCUCCGGCAUUGACUGAUGAUGUAUGGAGACUGGAGAAGAUAGGCAAGGAUGGGUCAUUUCACAAGAAGCUGAAUAAUGCUGGAAUAUUCACUGUUGAAGACUUUCUUCGUCUUGUGGUUAAAGAUCAACAGAAACUGCGGAAUAUCCUUGGAAGUGGUAUGUCAAACAAGAUGUGGGAAGCUCUCUUAGAGCAUGCAAAGACUUGUGUCCUAAGUGGGAAGCUCUAUGUUUAUUACCCAGAAGAUACGCGAAAUGUUGGUGUUAUUUUUAACCACAUCUAUGAGCUGCGUGGUCUUAUAACAGGAGAGCAAUUUCAUGUCUAAACUUAUGAUACCUUUAAAAUACCUUUGCAAGUCCAGGUUUAUGUGGAUUCGUUGGUGAAGAAGGCAUAUGAGAAUUGGGAGCAGGUUGUAGAGUAUGAUGGGAAAACACUUGUGGGUGCUGCACAAAAUGAUAGGCCAGAUACACCUGAAAAUGAACUUCAGAUGGAGUCAAUCAAUUACACUACUGGUUUAGAUCAUCAGCUGCAAUCACAAUCCCUUCCAGUGUCUGUUCCAUCUCAACAUCAAAUGAAUUCAGGGAUGCUGGUUGGAGGUUAUAAUGAUAAUUUGGUAACAAGAUACCCAAACCAGCCACUGAUAGCAAACUCCAACUCCCGGAGCCAGUUUGACAGUUCAUUAUACCUGUCUAGUGACCAAUUAAUGAACAAUGCGCACCAAAACCAGAACACGAGAAACGAUCAUAGCACGGUUGGGUUAGCUCUUGGUCCUCCUCAAUCAUCAUCAGGGUUCCACGCUGGUAGCUCCUCUGUCCAGCCAUCUACUCUAAAUCCAUUCGAUGACUGGUCACACAACAGGGACAGGGGUGUUGAUGAAUUCUUUUCAGAGGAAGAAAUCCGCUUAAGAAGUCACGAGAUGCUAGAGAAUGAGGACAUGCAGCACUUGCUUCGCCUGUUCAGCAUGGGAGGUCAUGCCCCCACGAAUACUGACGAUAGCUUCUCAUUCCCAUCAUUUAUGCAAACGCCAAUGCCAAACUUUGAUGAGGAUCGCGCUCGUCCAGGCAGAGCAGUUGUGGGAUGGCUAAAGAUCAAGGCAGCAAUGAGGUGGGGCUUCUUUAUCCGGAAGAUAGCAGCUGAGAAGCGGGCACAGAUAGAGGAGUUAGAUGAUUAGGUUGUUUGACAAGAAUUGCAAGCUUAACAGCAGCCUUAAGAUCUCACUGAUAUUUUGCAAAUUUAGUUGUCUUCGUCAGUGCCAACUAGAUAUUGAUUAAUGCAUGUGUAUUUUAUUUGACGGCACCUUGUACAGUACAAUGUCCUGUACAGUAUGUUGAUGCUUAGGAAAAACCUCGAUUGCCAUUUGUUCUGUCGUUCAUUCUGAUUUUGAUGUUGCUGCUCUACUCGUCUUAUUUUCUUUCCAUUGGCUUUGGGAUUCUAGGGUCGAAUGUUUAUGGAUCACUUUGUAUUUUAACUAAGAUUUAUCAACUCAGUUGAUUAAUGUAUAAAUGAGCUUACCUACUUGUAUCGAGUUA